CCUCAGCGCCGCUCCGUCACUACAGCGACGCGCCGUCCCCGCUGAGUGACGUCAUCGCCGUGCGACCCGAGGAGGCGGCCAUGCGGAAGCGGCGCGGGGCAGCUCGGUGCUCCGAGCGGCGCCUCGGAUUCUACAGGAGGGCGUCCGGAGGGCGCCGGGGUUCAGAAAUGGAUGUUUCUCACAAAUCCUUGUGCAAAGCCCCACAGAAACAACGCCCCCCAGGGCCACCGGGUGUCACUGGGACAACCGCCGGAGGUGCCACCACCGGGAAAACCGCCUGUCCCCGAAGUUCUCGCUGUCACCGUGGAACCUGGGCUGUAGCAGUGAACCUUGAAGCCCCAUCAGCAUCCUACAGCUCCUGGACGGUGUCACCCUGGCUGCUCAUGACUGUCCCACGCUGUCCCCCCUGCCAUGGUGGCACAGGGCAGCGCGGUGCCAUCCUCAUUGAAGAGCCCUGCCUACAGCCGGACCCGCUGUCACCAUCGUCUGCCACGAGGACGGGGACGCACCGUGAUGGACUCUGUGCCACCACCAGCCAGCGUCAGGUGUCACCGUCAUGCGGAGGGGACACAAGCACCCCCUGGGGACCUGCCGAAAACUUCACCAUAUCUGGGCUUUCAAACAAGUCCUCCUGUAUCGCUUCUCUUACACCCAGCUCACGAAUCCAGGUCCAUUCCUGCAGAGCUGUGGUUAUUAUCUACUGAAAUACUGCAGACCUGGCCUAUCGGGGAACGUCAAGCUGGUCUUUUGCCUACGAAUACAUUAAGUUCCUGUUCCAGUUUCUCAA